AUGAAUCUGGAAAGGUUUAUGAACAACCGCGUUCCUCCUCAUAAGAGAUAUCAGCCGACCGAGUAUGAGCAUGCUGCCAACUGUGCCACCCAUGCGCUGUGGAUAAUCCCAAGUCUCCUGGGCAGCUCGGUGCUUCACUUCCUGUCCGAUGGCCAAUGGGAGCGCACGUCAGCGUGGCUGUACGGGGCCGGCCUCAGCUCGCUCUUCAUCAUCUCCACCCUAUUCCACACCGUGUCCUGGAAGAAGAGCCACCUCAGGUCAGUGGAGCAGUGCUUCCACAUGUGUGACAGGAUGGUCAUCUACUUCUUCAUCGCAGCCUCCUACGCUCCCUGGCUGAACCUGCGUGAGCUGGGUCCCUGGGCAUGUCACAUGCGCUGGCUCAUCUGGGUCAUGGCCUCUUUCGGCACUACCUACGUCUUCUUUUUCCAUGAGAGGUACAAGCUGAUGGAGCUGAUAUGCUACACGGUGAUGGGGGUGUUCCCUGCCCUGGUCAUCCUCUCCAUGCCAGAGCAGGCAGGCCUCUUUGAGCUGCUGGUGGGUGGGGCCUGUUACUGCCUGGGCAUGGUCUUCUUCAAGAGCGAUGGCAUCGUCCCGUUCGCCCACGCCAUCUGGCACCUGUUCGUGGCCAUGGGCGCCUCCGUGCACUACUACGCCAUCUGGAAGUACCUCUACGCUCCGCCAGCCAAUCAGCAGCAGCAGCAGCGGCAGCAGGUGCGCCUCCUCAUCCGAAACUCUCCGAAGCUAGCAAACCACCAGAGACCACCUUAUUUACAGCGUGACAGGCGACGGAGCAAUGAGAGCCAAGUGUUGCGCUCCUCUGGUUACCCUCCUGUGAAGUCCAGUGUGCGCGACCACGGAGCCGCCACCAUGUUCUACGGCUCCUCUUCAGGGGCCAGCAUGUCCCUGCCUUCUAAGAGCCGUCUCAAGAGACAGAGCCGGACCUUCACGCAGGUGCUGUACCGUACUCUGAGUUACCGGGACCGUGUGCCGACAGAGGUGGGCACUAACACCAGGGACAGAGACCGACGCUCCAAUGAUGACAUUCCUGAGAGACCCCCUGAUGACCCUGCAGAGCUGUCCACUCAGAGCUCUGCCCCCGGAGUGCUCAAGAUCUUUGGGGAUGAGAUCUGUGCAGGGGCAAACUACAAGAGCGUGCUGGCCACGCCCCGCUCCAGCGCACAGGAGUUAGUCAAAGAAGCGCUGGAACGAUACUCCCUCAACAAGGACGCAGCACACUGCUACGUGCUAUGUGAUGUCAUCGGCCGUCUGGAGGUGGGAGGGGGUGUGGGAGAGGUCAGCUGGAGGACAGAGUGUUUACGGGCCCUGGGGGACAACGAAAAGCCGCUACUGCUGCAGGAGCUGUGGAAGCCCCGAGAGGGACACGCCCGCCGCUUUGAGCUCCGGAGGAGGGCUGAGGUGGAGGAGCUCAACGCUAAGGACAAGGACACCAUCACUGCAGCUUUAGGCAGGGCCCCUCACUUCCUGGCGGCUCUAAUGGGUCGCUCCGGGCUGGGCAAACUCAGGAGCUCCCCCCUGCGCUCCGGCCGAGUGCCACAGUCCGGCUCCAAAGAUAUAAACGCCCAGGCCCGCAAGGUCCAGAGGAACAGAGCCAAAGGGACGCUGACCCUGCCCCGCUCCGGCACCUCAUCCCUCUGCCGCAGCCUGAGCGAGACCAGCCUCAAUCAGCUGGGAAUGGGUGACGAGCCCAAGCGGUACUACUCCACACUGCCCGGGCCUCUACGAUCCCGGGAGGUGUCGGCCGGACGCAGGAAAGAGGAGAGUAGCCAUGGGGGAGGAGGGGUCCGCCACUCGCUCUACCAGUCUUCACAUCUGCUGUUGCUUCAGGGAUACAACCGGCAGGACUGCCUGGUCUACCUGCUGAACAGAGAGCAGCACACAGUCGGGCAGGAAACCCCGUCAGCUCGCCCCAACAUCUGCCUUUUCUCCCCUGAUAUCAUGCCUCUGCACUGUCGCUUGCGAAAGGUCCCUGCUUCCCGGCGUCAAGGCAACAGCACCAAGGGGGAGGAGCAUGGGGAGCGCUUCAGCGUGGCCGUGGAGCCUGUGCUAAACGCCACAGUGCUGGUCAACUUCUCUCGCUGCGAGCGCUCCACCAACCUGCGCCACGGAGACCUGCUGUCCUUCGGGGCGCACUACAUCUUUCUGUACAAGGACCCAACAGGAGCUAAGCCGCUGCCUGCACAGACACUAGCACGCUUGCGCUCCCUGGGACAGCUGUACGAGGUGGGGGCUGGGUCGGAUGAGGGGGAGGGCCAGGUGUGUAAGAUGUGUGGCUCUGCACUGAAAGACAGAGCAGGACAGGUGUCCACAGUGCCCGCGGUCAGGCGCACUUUUAAACCACACCUGGUGAAGCCACGCAGCAUCAGCACAGCUGUGGGACUAGCUGUGGCCACGCCCCUCAGUGUGGGCGGGACGGGACCAGAGGGCGGCGGGGCCAGGGCAGUGGCCCAGAAGAGACGCUUACAGCUGGAUUUUGAGCAGGGGCAUGAAGACCAGCUCUUAAACAGGAUCGUGUCUCUCAUUGAACCAGGAGGGGACGACCAUAAGCUGACCACAGCCUACCUGCUGUGUCUGUGCAUACAGCACUCUGCCUCCAGCUUCCCCCCUGGGAGCUUUGGGAAGCUGCUGCUCAAGAUCGCGCGCAGAAUUCAAACCAUCUCCUGGGAGAAGACAAAGGAGCUGGCACAGAAGCAAGCUCAGCAUCAGGACCCCGCCUCCCUGUCCCUGCUAAGUAUCUCAGACCUUUUACCAGAUCUACAGACCAUCUUCUUCUGGAUGUCCAACUCCAUCGAGAUUCUCUACUUCAUCCAGCAGCGCACUCCGGCCUACACACACAACAUCGAGAACAUGCAGGGAUCCAAGGAGUCGCUGCUAUCGGCAACCAUCUCCGCCAAUGAGGAGGCCAUGAGCAUCCUGGAGGAGGUCAUCAUGUACACCUUUCAGCAGUGUGUCUACUAUAUCACCAAGGCUCUGUACGUGGUGUUGCCGGGCCUGCUGGACUGUAACCCCUUCCCUGUGGACGGCUCAGAGCCCUGUUGGAAAGGAGGAGUGGGCUUUCCGGAGCCAGUGCGCAGAGUCCUACAGGUGUUUCAGAGUUCCCAGGAGCUGCUGCAGGGAUACCAUGUCCACCCAGAGAUCCAGGCUCAGAUGUUCGCCUACCUCUUCUUCUUCUCCAAUGUGUCCCUGUUUAACCAGCUCAUGGACAAAGGCCCAUCCCGCGGGUGGUUCCAGAGGUCCAAAGUGCUUCAGAUCCAGGCCUGCUUGAGGAUGCUCAUGGAGUGGGCCAGUCGCUCCAAACUAGGGCAUCUGGCCGACAAGUUCUUCACCAAACUCAACAGUGCUGUGUCCGUGCUGGCCACCGCCCCCCAGCAGCUCACACAGAUGAGUUGGCGCGCACUGUCCAGUGAGCACCCCAAUCUGAAGGCCGUCCAGCUGCACCGCAUCCUGAGUCAGUACCAGCAAACGGCCGAGCUGGGACCAGUGCCUCUGUGGCAGCCCAGUACAGAGGAUGAGCCCUACAUCUACAGGACAGUGGACCUCCUGGAGAGCUUUGAGAACCACCCCCCUAUCGUGCUGCCCAGCUCCGGCUUCAGAGUCGACCUGGACAGCGACUGUGUGGAGGACAGCAUCUACAGACAGCUACUGUACAUCAGACACUACCUGUGGGGCUUGCGCACCAAGACACACACACACAACAGCGCCCCCACUGGACACACGCAGUCCAACGGCACCAACACCAACGACUGGGCCCCCGACAUGCAGAGGGAGCCUGUGCACAGCAGCCCUCGCUCUGGAGCUCAGGGGGAUGAUAGAGGUGUGGAGGCCGCAGAAGACCACAGAGUGUCCCAUCACACACACAGUCUGAGGAGGAACGGUACCAUGCACCAGCCGAAAGCCCCCAACCAAGAACUGUCCUGCCUACUCACCCCCCCGCACACACCCUUAUACCCCGAGGGAGGGGCACCAGCCCAGGCGACAAACAAACCUCACAGCCUGCAGCCCAAUGGAUGCCCCCCCAGGAGUGACUGCAAGACGGCAAACGGCCUUAUCCCCAACGGGCUGGAAGACUUCCCCUUCCCUGUGUCCUCGUGCGGGGCCUCCCCUCUCCCUGACGACCUGUGUGUGGUGUUUGUAGUGGAGCUGGACAAGGGACCGUACGGCCUGGGCAUGGGACUCAUCGACGGCCUGCACACUCCCCUGAACGCCCCAGGGAUCUAUAUCCGCACUCUGAUCCCGGACGGCCCGGCUGCCUCUGACGGCCGGCUGAGGAUCGGAGACCGGAUUCUGGCUGUUAACGGCACCAGCCUCAUCGGAGCAGACUAUCAGAGUGCUGUUGACCUGAUCCGCCUGGGAGGGGGCCGACUACGCUUCCUCGUGGCCAAAUCAGAUCCAGAGGUGUCGGAGAAGAUCAGUGCGUCCUCCUGCUGA